AUGAAUUAAAGUUUAUUCUCUUAUGGUUUUUUAAAUAAUGGUAAUCAAUAAUUGAUUAUGAUAAGGUCUAGUAUAUUCAAAGUAAGGAAAGUUCAAUAAGGCAAUAAAAGAAUAUAAUAAAGCUAUAGAAGAAAGUCCUUAGUAUGCUGCUGCUUAUCAUAAUAGAGGUUAUCAAAUACUUAAAAUAUCAGGUAAUGCAUAUUAAAGUUUGGCCAUUUUAGAAGAGGCCAUAAAAGAUUACACAAUUGCCAUCAAAAUUAAUCCUUUAUAUAAUGCAGUCUACUUUAAUAGAGGUUUUACAUAGUUUUUAAUCAUAAUAAGGAUUAGUUUAUGGAAAACAGGGUAAAUUUGAAGAAGCUAUUAUUGAUUACACUCAAUUCAUCUAGAUGGGUCCUGAAAAUGCUUAAGCUUAUAUAGUUGAAAAUAACCAAUUGAUUUUAAUUCCUAUCAUAUACUAUUUAAAUUAGAGUAAUUGAAAUUUAAUAUAAUUUCAUAAAAUUGACUUUAAAUAAUUUACCAUGUUGUAAUUUCAAAAACUUAAAUCUUAAAUUUUUAUAAGAUAAAAUUUUCUAAUUAACUAUAAUAAUAGAAGUAAUUAAGAUAAUUUAAGUAUCAGAAAAUGCAUAUUAGAAUUUAGGAAAUUUUAAUGAAGCAAUAUCAGAUUACUCUAAAUCAAUUGAAAUUAAUCCUCAAUAUUCAGUUGCAUAUAAUAAUAGAGGUAAUUAUCAAUAUACAAAGUUUUGGUAAUGCAUAUGUAAAUUGAGGUAAAUUUGAUGAUGCUAUUAUCGAUUGUUCAAAAGCAAUAUAAUUAAAUAGAGAAAAUGCUGAUGCUUUUUAUAUCAGAGUUAAAAUAAUUUUAGAUGACUAGCAAAUGCUUAUAAAAAUUAAGGAAAACAUGAAGAAGCAAUAAAUGAUUAUUCUAAAGCUCUUUAAUUAAAUUCUAAACAUGCUGCAGCUUAUUAUAAUAGAGGUAAUAAAUAAUCUAUCAAAAACAAGGACUUAUCUAUUCUAAUUAAGAGAUUUUUGAAAAAGCAAUAAUAGAUAAUUCAAAAGCCAUUGAAAUAUUGCCUACAAAUCCAUAAUAUUAUUUUAGUUUAGAUUUUCUUUACUUUUCUCUAAAAUAAUUUAAUCAAGCUAAUUAGAAUUUUUAAAAGGCAAUUUAAUGUUCAUUAAAAGUAAGUCCUUUAUUAAGAUAUUAAUUCUAAUUAUCCAAAGAUAAAAUGAUUUUUCUUCAAUCAAAAGUUGAAAUUUUAACAUACUUAGAUAAAGAAAUUCAAAAUGUUAAUGAAGAGAUAGAAUAUUUGCUGAAAAAAAAUAGUAUUUCUGAAAUCUAGCAUAAAUAAUAUCAAUCUUAGAUUAAUAAUAUUGAUAUUAUUUUAUUAUAACUUGUACCAUCAAAAUCUACAGAAAAUUAAGAGGAAGUAUUAUAGAAACUUAAAUAGUAAAUGGAGGAAAUUAAAAAUUUGAAUAUAGAAAUUAGUAAAUUAAAAAGUAACCAAGAUUAUGAAAUAGAAAUUAUCUUAAUUAAAUAAAUCCUUUAAAUUUUUAAGAAACUAUUACUAAUUAUAUAUAAUUUACAAAGUAAAGAGAAUUUAUAAAUCCAAAAAUGAAAUUGUAUUAGCGUUCAUUAUUUUGACAUCUUUUUAAUUAUUUAUAUAUUAUAGAUAUAAUUUCAUCAGAUUGUUUUUUAAUUAAUUAUGAAUUUAAUUCAAAACCUAUCUUGGAAAUUAUCUAAAAAAUCGAGAAGAUCAACAAUCCAAAAGAAGGAUUUAUUCCAAUAAUCGAUCAAACUUUUUGUUUAAUCAAUGCAUCUCUUGAUUUAAAUGAUAAUAUUUAAGAAAUAAAGUGUUCAAGUAGAGUUUUCAAUUUAAAACAAAUUUUGUAAGCCUUUGCAAUAUGUACAUCUGAAUAUGAAAGAGAGAUAGAAAAAGCUUCCUUAUAUUUGAUGAACAAUAUAAAAUAUACUUAUGAAAAGAAUCAUUUUAAUACAUUUGAAUUGUUUGUAGAAAAGAUUUCAAUUUUAGAAAUUGAUUAUGAAGAAUAUUCAUAAAGCAAUUUUUGGAAAACUGGGAUCUUACACAUUUUGAUAAUUUUGAAAUAUUUAGAAGAGAACUAUUAAUAUAUAAUAAAUUAAUCUUCUGUUUGUUCUUUUAAGGAUAUAAUUGUUAGAUCCAUAAAUGAAUUUAAUCCUGAAUCCCUUGCUAUUGAAUAUAUUAAAUAACAAUGA